AUGUAAGAUGUAAAAGGAAAUAAUGAAUUUAUAUAAAAUGAACAAGAAUUCAAAUUCAUUAGUGAAUAAGUAAAAUAACAAUUAAGAAAAGGAGAAUAGAGUACAGAUGAGUUUUAUAAAAAAAAUGUAGAUGAUUUAAGAAGAUGUGUAAAAUCUGAUAACUAAAAUUAGAUUAAAAUGAUGGAAACAGAAGCUUCCAUGACUUCAAACAAUACUAAGAAAAUAUUAUAGAAUAAAAUUUUAUAAUAUAAAAAGUAAUUGGAUGUAUUAGAAGAAUAUAUUAAUGAAUUAUUAAUCAAACAAAAGAAAACAGAUAAUUUAAAAGGAGAUCUGUUUGAAAAUGAUCUUAUAAUUGAAGAGAUAGAUAGAUUGACAUAAGAUACUGAACAAAUUGCCUUAAAUGUAGAUUAAAAAAUGAAUUUAGGAACUCAUUCAUUGCAAUAAUCAAAAUUUAAAGUAUUUAAUAAAAAUGAAAUAGAAAUAAGACUUAAUGUCAAAUUUAAAAAAAAGUGAUGUAGCUAUAUAAUUGAUGAAUUUUAAAAUAAGUUGUGAUAAAGCAUCCUUAUUUAUUAUCAUUUUGUUGUUAGGUAUUAUUGAUAUAUUUGUAAUAUAUAAAAAGUACUUAUGA